CUUCAGCCGGGAGCCGACUCCUCUGGGCGGCGCUGAGCUCCAGGAGGAGCCGCUGACCAACCAGGACCCGGAGCUCUGCGCCAGCGUCACCGCUUGACGCCCAGAGCCGCAGUUUAAGAGGAGCGGAGCCUCGUGUGGCUGUGACAUUUUCUCCUGAUCAGAGAAGCAGCGACAUGGCCAGAACCAAGCAGACCGCCCGUAAAUCCACCGGAGGCAAAGCCCCCAGGAAGCAGCUGGCCACCAAGGCGGCCAGGAAGAGCGCCCCGGCCACCGGCGGCGUGAAGAAGCCUCACCGCUACAGGCCCGGUACCGUGGCUCUCAGAGAGAUCCGCCGCUACCAGAAGUCCACGGAGCUGCUGAUCCGCAAGCUGCCCUUCCAGCGGCUGGUCCGGGAGAUCGCUCAGGACUUCAAGACCGACCUGCGCUUCCAGAGCUCGGCCGUCAUGGCGCUGCAGGAGGCCAGCGAGGCUUACCUGGUGGGUCUCUUCGAGGACACCAACCUGUGCGCCAUCCACGCCAAGAGGGUCACCAUCAUGCCCAAAGACAUCCAGCUGGCCCGCCGCAUCCGCGGAGAGAGAGCUUAGAGGCCGCAGGCAGCUCCACCACACAAAGGCUCUUUUAAGAGCCACCGACUCCUUCAUCUGAGAGCUUUGUCCUCAUUUAUUACAAUCAA